UCCAGAAGCAUUUGAAUGCAUCCGAUGACCGACGUUCCCGCCAGUCGCCAGAACUUGGUAGAUUUAACACCAGAAGACUAGAGCGGUAUUUUUUGUUCACAUUACACUUAUACUUAUCGUCUUUUUGCUUAAUAUAGUUAAAGACACAUUUUGAGGCUUGACUUUGCCUCAUCUUUGUAAUUUUUGGGCUGUGAGCUGCUGAAACGCCAGCCAGUCCGCUUAGCUAGCUAGUAUCAACAUUAGCAUAUACAACAGGAAAAUGAAAGUUAGUGAGGACCAGGUCGUUGAAGAUAAUGCCGCCUGUCUGGACGAUGAGGAGUCUUUCUUCCAAGACAUCGAUCUCCUACAGAAACAGGGCAUUAACAUGGCAGACAUUAAAAAGCUGAAGUCAGUGGGCAUCUGCACUGUGAAGGGGAUCCAGAUGACAACUCGGAAGGCGCUGAGCAACAUCAAGGGGCUGUCGGAAGCAAAGGUGGACAAAAUCAAAGAAGCAGCUGGGAAGAUGCUGAAUGUGGGUUUCCAGACGGCCUUUGAGUACAGUGCAAAAAGGAAGCAGGUGUUCCACAUCACAACUGGGAGCCAAGAGUUUGACAAAUUGUUGGGUGGAGGUGUAGAGAGCAUGGCUAUUACAGAGGCCUUUGGAGAGUUCCGCACAGGGAAAACCCAGCUGUCUCACACACUUUGCGUCACUGCUCAACUACCAGGCGAGGACGGUUAUUCAGGUGGAAAGGUCAUCUUCAUUGACACAGAAAACACCUUUCGUCCUGACAGAUUGAGAGACAUCGCUGACAGGUUUAAUGCAGACCAUGAUGCUGUGCUGGACAACGUGCUUUAUGCCAGGGCCUAUACCAGUGAACACCAGAUGGAGUUGUUGGACUUUGUAGCAGCUAAGUUCCAUGAGGAGGGAGGUGUGUUCAAACUGUUGAUCAUCGACUCUAUCAUGGCCCUGUUCAGAGUAGAUUUUUCUGGCCGUGGCGAGCUGGCUGAACGACAGCAAAAACUGGCUCAGAUGCUCUCCAGGCUGCAGAAAAUCUCUGAAGAGUACAAUGUAUCUGUGUUCAUCACCAACCAAAUGACAGCAGAUCCUGGUGCAGGAAUGACGUUUCAGGCUGAUCCCAAGAAGCCAAUAGGUGGACACAUCCUCGCCCACGCCUCCACCACACGGAUCAGCCUGAGAAAGGGGCGAGGGGAGAUGAGAAUUGCUAAAAUAUUUGACAGUCCAGAUAUGCCUGAGAACGAGGCCACGUUUGCUAUUUCUGCUGGGGGAGUUACUGACGCCAAAGAGUAAAGUAUAAAAGGAGUAAGACAGUUCUAUUUAGUUUAAUGUUUCUUAAUUGUUAUUUAUUGAAUAUUUAUUAACUUGUUGCCCUGAAAAUGUCCUGUAUUUAAAGAAUGUAUUGGAUUUC